GCCUUUCCUUUGACCUUUACACUCAACCUCUCCCCCUCUUGUAAUCAUAUUCACACGUAUCCCACACCGACCAUGGGGGAAAAACUGACAAAGAAGCAAAAGAAGACGAGUGAAUUUAGAGGCAAGAAGAGAAAGCUCGACGACAGCAUCGCCGACGUGCCCGAGGAGGACACCCCUGAGACUAGCAACGAUAACAGCAAGGAGACGAAGGAUAAAAAGUCAUCAACGUCAAAGAAGGAUACCAAGGACAAAAGCAAAAAGGAAUCGAAGGGCGAGUCCAAUUCUGAGGAAACGGCAUCGUUAGAGCACAAGAAGAAGCGCAAACGAGGCAAGGGAACCAGCAAAGAGGAGGCCAAGGAUGGGUCUGCCAAGGAGACCAGUGAAGGGGAUAAGGAAAAGGAGGCUAAGACUGCUGUAAAGACAGCACCCAAGAAUCAGAAGUUUAUUGUCUUUGUCGGAAACCUGCCAUUUAACAUUACCAAGGAACAACUGGAGAAGCAUUUCGAGAGCUGCGGCAAGAUCUCAUCAGUGCGUGUUCAGACGGAUAAGGCGACCGGAAAAGGCAAAGGGUUCGCAUUCAUGGAGUUCCCAGACGUAGAAUCCAUGCAGAAAGCGCUCUUUUUUAACAAGACUCUGAUCAAGGAAAGACCUAUCAACGUGGAAUUGACAGCUGGUGGUGGCGGCAACAAGAGCACUGCUAGAAAACAAAAGAUUGCUGUGAAAAAUGAGGCCUUAAAUGAGGAACGCCGUAAACUGCACGAGAAGCACAUUGCACCGGCUAAGGAAGCAAAGUCAUCAUAUGCUGCAGCUAACCCACCAGUAGUCCAGAAGGCGACACCCAAGGCCGUUAAGAAGCCCUCGGAAAUCAGUGGAGUAAACGCGAUCUCAGUCGAGGGACUUACCGCUCGUCUUCGCAAAGGAUAGAAAAGAGCACCAUUUACUCUGUUUUCAUUAUAACAAAUACACUAUUGCAUCCUUUACUCCGUUUUCUGUUACAAUAUAUUAUUGCAUCCUUUUACUCUUGUAACUCCUA